UACUACCGCAAACCAUUUUUUGAAAGCAGUCCUACCAAAUCAAUAUUACGUAUCUUAGGCUGAUACCUUGCGUACUUUGUAUAGCUAGGCAUCUACAUGUUUUAAUUUAUCCUCAAGACGAUUCUCUAAUAUACAACCUGUUUAAAUGAGUAAAACUGAUACUUUAAAACCAUAAAUAUCCCCAGUGGAGAUAUAAUAGUCCGCAUGUAGAGGAAGCCAGUCUUCAUUAAACAGCCUGGCGCAGGGGGGCUGCCUAGGGGUAAACGCUUGCGCGCAAAAUGCCUAGUAAGCAGAAUUGUUGGGAAAUCCACUCAUUUUCUGGCGUCCACGCUCGUAACGCGCGCCGGCGCCGGGGUAAUCGCGCUUUUCUCUGAAUAAGCUCAAACAAGAUAAGUUUCAAAGCCCAAACGGCCGCUCAAAUUUCCCUCGGGGGGUAAUUAUGCAGCGAGCGCGGAGGUGACGUCCUAUUACUUCGGUCCCAAACACGAACAAAUGCCACUAGAGUGACAGUCGGGCUAGAGUGGGGAGUGCAACGGACGUCCAAACCGGCGACCCGGAGUGAUGAAGAGGUCUUUGGGAUGCGGGGGAAAGGAAGGGAUGCUCUGCAGCGGUUGUUCAGUCAGUGAAUCGUAAAAGAGGACGGAACAAUGAGCCUGUAUGGUUAAGACUGGAUAUAUCUGAAGAACAACGCAUCACACUACUGCUGUAAGCUGAACGUUGCGGGAUUUUGCUCACUGCUUCAAAAGGAAUUCAUUGCAGUUGUUCAACGUGGAUCCACUGCACCAUUCAGGUAUUUAAGGCAUGGGAUAUGGACCACAUUGCAGCGCUAAAAUGAGAAGUCUGUGGGUCGGUGUUUUGUUCAUGACUUUCACCUGCCAUCUGAGCCUUUCCCAGACUACUACAGGGAUUCCUAAAGAGACUGAGCUCAAUGAUAACAUCACAGUAUUCACACGAAUCCUGGAUGGAUUGCUGGAUGGCUACGAUAACAGACUGCGACCUGGGCUUGGAGAGAAAGUGACAGAAAUUAAGACCAACAUCUUUGUGACCAGUUUUGGACCAGUGUCAGAUACUGAGAUGGAAUACACCAUUGAUGUGUUUUUCCGUCAAAGCUGGAAGGAUGAGCGUUUGUGUUUUAAAGGGCCAAUGGAGAUGCUACCUCUGAAUAACCUGCUGGCCAGCAACAUCUGGACACCGGACACCUUUUUCCUUAACGGCAAAAAAUCCAUUGCUCACAACAUGACAACGCCCAACAAGCUUCUGAGACUGAAGGAUGAUGGGACAUUGCUGUACACCAUGAGAUUGACUAUAUCAGCAGAGUGUCCCAUGCAGUUGGAGGAUUUCCCUAUGGAUGCUCACGCCUGCCCACUCAAAUUUGGCAGCUAUGCAUACCCUCUCUCAGAAGUGGUGUAUAAGUGGACUAAAGGCCCUGGCAAAUCUGUGGUGGUGGCAGAGGAAGGGUCACGUCUUAACCAAUACCAUCUUAUCGGUCACACUGCUAGUACGGAAGAUAUCAGCACGAGUAGAGGUCAAUACACAGUCAUGAUGGCCCAUUUCUACCUGAAGAGGAAGAUCGGCUACUUUGUGAUUCAGACCUACAUGCCCUGCUUCAUGACUGUCAUUCUGUCCCAAGUCUCAUUCUGGCUCAACCGUGAAUCUGUCCCUGCCCGGACUGUCUUUGGUGUGACGACAGUGUUGACCAUGACCACCCUUAGCAUCAGCGCCCGUAACUCUCUCCCCAAAGUAGCAUAUGCCACCGCGAUGGAUUGGUUCAUCGCUGUUUGCUAUGCCUUUGUGUUCUCUGCACUUAUUGAGUUUGCCACAGUCAACUACUUCACCAAACGCAGCUGGGCAUGGGAUGGAAAGAAGGCCUUGGAAGCUCAGCAGCCUAAAAAAAAAGACCCUCUUGCGCUUUCCAAAAAGCCUAACAAUGCCUGUUCGUCUGGAGUUAACUUCACCCCCAACAUCACAAAGGAUGCAGCUAUCUCAACCAUCUCCAACAGCACCACUGUCCAGCUGAAGAGUGCAGAGACCAAGCCUGCAAUGGACCCCAAAAAGACCUACAACAGCGUCAGCAAAAUUGACAAGAUGUCCCGGAUAGUGUUCCCGGUCCUCUUUGGGACUUUCAACUUGGUCUACUGGGCCACAUACCUCAACAGGGAACCGGUGAUUAAAGGAGCCGUUUAGCCCACGCAAAAACCUCGACGCCACCGCGACACGACAUUCCCUGCACAACCUCUUUUUCUUCUCCACUUCGAUAUUCAACGACAAGCUGACCCUGCAAAAAACGAUGCCGAGCACUUAUUUACUGCACCUCUCACUUCGCUAAUCUAUACGAGGAGUGCUCCUGUUGAAUUUUUCCUCCUGAUAUCAUAAAUUGCAUGAUAGAUUCAAAGCUCUGUGGGAAUAUAAUUGCCAUAUCUGCCUUGACUUCCUACUUUAUAUUUCCCUGGUUUCCACUGGUUAUUGCAUUCAUCUUACAAUGAAUUGAGUGCCACACAAGCUACCAUCUCAGUCAUGAAAAGUUUCCAAGGGACGUGAACAAAAAUUAAUGCAUUUGGCAUCAACAUUUAUCACAGUAUAAAUUAUGAAAAGAAGUACAGCAAGGCCAAAUGCUAUGCAAAAACCAUUUUCUACUAUGUUGCAAUGGGUAAUUGCUUAUACUGAAACCCUUGCUUUGUAUUAAUGGACUUGAGGCUUGUCUUCUUUGUUUAAUAGCUUUAGCAUCAAUGGUGUAAGGCAGACAGAUGCUAAGUUUUUAGCCAUGCUAAAAAAUGUUGCCUUCAGAGGGAUUUCGUCAUACGAGUGCUCGGGAAUUACCGAUUUCUCUUUCGAUUGUCAUUUUUUUCUAAGCUUUUUUCAAGUAGCUAAAUAGAAUUGUGCACCUUAGGCAGCUUUUCACUCUUUAGACCAAGAUAUCCUGCAAGGUGAACAAGGUCGGGUUGCAGCUAAGACUUUCGAAUCAUUUGUACAUAGCUUGUGUAUGCUUUGCUUUUAACGUAGACGCGGCUUAACGUUAGUGAGGAAGAGCUGUAAGUGGUUCUGAUAGGCUACUCUAAUGUGCAGCCAGAGUGACAUGAAUGAUGGUGAAAAUGCAGAUUGUAUUGUAGGCUUUGACAGAAUGUGGCAUUUCUUUACAGUUUAUGGUUUUUAACUUGCUGUUUAUGUGACAGCCGUUUUCGUUUCUCAGUGUUGUAAAUUGGUCAGUGGGUUUUGAGGUUGGAACGAGUCAGCAAAAGCCUUAAAUGUUGACACCUAGUGAUAUUUUCUUUGCGCUACCAUGUAGACUAAUGUGAAAUGAUGAGAUAAAAAGGUCUGAAAACAAAAUGAAAGAAACAUUUAAUAAUUCAUACAUUUUUCAGAUUCUCAAAGAGAGAGAAUUAAGGUCAGGUACAGAGUAGAAAGGUGGAACCUGCUGUUGAAACCGAAAUGUUACACCAUAUUGCCAUCUCUGGCCUUCAACCGAAACGCAUGGCUGCUUAUUUGGGGAAUGAAAUGGAGACACGAACAAUGACCUUGUUAGUGCGAAAGUGCGACUCGGAAAGAUUCGGUUUUUAUCCUGUAAUCAUUCUAUUCUAAACUUGUUACAUGAAAGUGAGACAGCACAAAGAACUAAGUGACCCCACGGAUGAUGUGUAGCUCAUUAAGAGGCCAACUAUGAGAGCCAUUACGCUCCUCUGUACGCCACUCAGGCCUAUAGGAGAAUGAAUCAUUAAAAGAGUUCAAGUGAGUCAGUAAUGUGCCCUUUUACAACAAUGGAUGUUUCCAGAAAUGUACAGCUGUUCCUCAAAGCAUACAUGUCUGAAGCAAUAAAUUCUGCCUGAUAUGUUUCUUGA